AUGUCUUGCGAGUGAAACGUCUGGCAUUCUAAAUUAUACAUCAUUGUCACAAAAAUCGUAGAUCUCCGCCAUCAGAUGAUAAAAUCCUUGCCCACAAUACCCUUACCCAGCAAUGCCGAAUAUGAUUUAUACUUACCUACUGGCAUGAAAGUAGAACCUAUUCAAUAACAUAUUUCAACACUUCUCGAUGUUAUCAAAGACUUGUGGUUGUUGUCAACUUCAAAGAUACAGUCAGGCAGUAGGUGUGGCUAAGGCUAAAACAUGGCAGCUUCACAGUGCUGUGUGCCUACAACGUUACCCAGUGAUCACUACACCUCUAAAUGAAUUUGAACAGAAGUAUAAAGAUUAUCUUACAGAGAUUGAGAUCAACAACAGCUUGCUAUCUGAUCAUGAAUUACAAAACCUGGCAGAAAAGAAGAAGAAGAUGGAGCCCACAGAAGAGAAGGAAGUAGUGAAGAAAAAGGUGGUAGAGGAGAAACUUCUAACUGCGGAGGAGAUGGAGGAUGAAUGGCAAAAAGAGUUGGACAAAUUUGAGUUUGCUGAUAGAAUAACAGAUGCUGACAGAAAUAAUGACAUGACAUCUCCAAAUAGGAAAUUAGAUAAAAGAUUAGUCCUCAUCACUAAGCAACAUUGGGGAGACGACACAAAGGCAGAGUGGGCCUUUCCUCAGAUCUUGAGACAAGAUGGAGAGUCUAUGAGAGAGGCAGCAGAGAGAGCUUUAUCAACACAUUGUGGAGGUUCUAUAAAUGCUAAAUUUAUUGGAAAUGCUCCAUGUGGUUACACGAGAUACAAGCUGCCAAAAAGUGAAGAUGAAUAUGGAGUGAAGUUGUUCUUUUUCAAAGCAAAUUACCAGGGUGGUGAUGUGGAAUUAUGUUCCAAUAACAAUACAGAAUAUAAAUGGGUCACAAUUGAUGAAUUAAAAGAUUAUUUCCUACCGGACUACCGAGAAGAUAUCGAAGAAUUUCUAAUAGAUUUGUAGAUAAAAAUGUCAAAAUAUUUGUCAUUAAAACAAUAAAAUUUAAUUACAGUC